UGAAACAUCCGGCUGUGACCACCAGUCCAGCCUCAGUGAGGAUUUAAGGUCUGCAGUCAGACUACACAGGCAGAGAUAAGGGAGCAGGGGUCACAGAGAGAGUCAGGACCCAGGUUGACAAAGUGGGCGCGGCUAUGUCGUGCAGGUGAAAGUGAGCGGAAAUAAUAAUCUCCAGGAUCUGUUCACAGUGGUGACAGUGUCCACAUACUGGAGAAGGGACGGAGCGCGUUGGACUCUAAUCACAGGGAGGUAAGUCUUAAUGGAGAACUGGCGCUUUAAAUACAUCUUCAUCCUCUCCCUGGUGUUGGGGACACUCUCCCUCACCUACCUUAACUUCUGCUGCAAGCCAGAGAUCUUGGACAUUCCUUUUGUCGACCCUGGACCUCAUCAUGUGGCCUAUCCAAGGAACUAUAAAUUCAUCAUGGAUGACACGCCAACGUGUAAAACCACAAGUCCUUUCCUGAUUGUAAUGGUUCCAGUCGCACCAGGUAACGUGGCAGCUCGUGACGCCAUCAGGAGGACGUGGGGGAAUGAGACCCUGGUUCUUGGUCAGCGGGUGGAGACUCUCUUCAUACUGGGUCUGCCUGGCGAGGCGGACGCUGAGCAAACGCUGGAGAAGCUCAAACAGGAGAACCAGCAGCACCAAGACCUGAUUCAGAGUAACUUCCAGGACAGCUAUCACAAUCUGACCAUCAAGACCAUGGUGAUGCUGGAGUGGCUGGCUGCUCGCUGCUCUAAAGCCUCCUAUGUUCUCAAAAUUGACUCGGAUACGAUACUCCACCUCCAGAAUUUGGUAAAACUGCUACUGGAUCCAAAAACAGCCAAACAUAACUACAUGUCAGGUUUAGUCUGGUGGCACAGCCCAGUCUUAAGAGACAAAUCCAACAAGUUCUAUGUGCCAGAAGACGUGGUCCCAGAACCCGAGUUCCCCCCUUAUCCUCUGGGCUUUGCUUAUGUCAUGUCCUUGGAUCUGCCCCAAAAAAUCCUUGAAGUUUCUCCUCACAUUAAAGCUCUCUUUAUAGAAGAUGCUUAUCUGGGGAUGUGCCUGAAACGUCUGGGUGUUUCCCCAACCGACCCUCCUGAAAGUACAAUGUUUCUGGUUGACCCUGUGCAUCCCCUGAGCGACUGCAGCCUUUCGAAAGUGAUUGUUGCGAUGACAAGGAGCAUCCAGCAGAUGACAAGUUACUGGGAGAGAAGCAAAAAGCCUACGACUAAAUGCUGAGCCACAUCACGUUUACCCGGCCUGAAGUUAGACCCCUCUGUGACGAUCCAGUGUUAAAAUGAGCCUGAUAAAUAUUUCAAAUAAAUUAAAAAACUGUGUGUACAUUU